AUGGCUGAUAGCUACUCAAUGACCAGCAAGUGGCCAAUGACCUUGGUCGAGACUAGCGUCAGUGUCAUCCAUCUCUUUCUGAUGCUCCUCAUUUUCAUCUGCGUCGUCAUCGUCAUCGCCUUUGUUCUCUUCAUGGCACUUGUCGUUGCCCACAAUGUCUUGGUUACUAUUCCUCGAAAUAAAAAGCGUCAGGAAGAUCGCCUAAUGCAAGACCUUGACUUCGCUGAUAUGCCCCCGCUUGUCACGACCGACACGCUGCCAUCCGCAUCUACCAGCUCGACAUCCAAUCCAAAACGGUCGCGGAAACAAUUUGGCAAGCGACCAAAAAAUGAAUACUAG